GUUCAAAAUUUCGUCCCAAACGUAUCGAACAUCAAUGCGGUUAGUUUCAAAACUAAUAUGACACAUCAGUUCGAGAAAUUAAUUCCUUUCUCCUAAAAACUAUUUCAAGAAUUCGUACGGCGGAAUGACAGAGACAAGCACUCGAGAACUUUAGAAUCAGCGGGCGGAUCGCUGUUUAUCAUAUGAUCUAUGAUGUGCACUGUAUACAGUGCUGCCACAAGACAAGUUGAUGUCAUUCGCUGUCACUGUGUCACACAAAGGUUCGAAUUUGUGUGAGUCUGUAAUAAGCGGUACCUAAAUUCUUACUUCAGGGUUGGUGCGUUAAAUUGAUAUUGUAAAGAUUCAGCCAGUAGUUGAAAGUUUGAAACCUGCUUAUCAAUUGAUUUAAAAUUGCAAAAUAUGAUGGCUGAAACAGGCAAAGAUCAUGCCCCACUCCCACUGUUUGAUGAUGAACCUGUAAACAAAGAAGAUACUGAUGAUUUAUUCUCUUCAGCUGUGCAGUCACCAGUGAAUGGUAUGGAAAGCCCAAAGCUGAGUGAGUCUGUGACAGUAGCUUCAACAACAGAGGCUGCUGCUGCACAAGGCAGUCUUGUUAGUGAUGGCCUUGCAGCUCACACUGUGGUCCAGAAACUGGCCUCUUCUGAUCCUUUACAGUCAGAAGGCCUGGGUGAUGCUAAUCAAAACGCCACCAGAAUCAUUCAAUCUCCUGCUCCUCCUAAUGACUCGAGUGACUCUCAGCUUGAUGCUGCAGGCCCCUGGUCAGCUCCUCUCACCGUUAUUGAUGAUGCCUUUGAUGGUCCCAGCAGCUUGUCAAGCAUUGGUGAUGCUUCAGGCAUAGCAACUCUGCAGCCGGUCCCAAGUAACCUAUACAAUAUUUCUAGCAUGGGCAACAUAGAUGAUGUCAACAGCAACAGUCUUGACUUGUUUGAGUCCUGUGUUGAAGAGGCAGUUGUCCAGCCAAUGGCGGCUUCCACUCUGGCCGAUCCCAAUCAGGAGAUUGUGACCAAAGAAGCAGAAUCUGAUUUGGUUCAAGCUUCACCUGUAGCCCUUGAGCAGCCCCAACAGGAGAUGGAGUCACAUUUGUUUGCCAAAGUAAAGCUUAAGUCAGCAACUGAAGACAAAGCUGCUCAGGAGCGGUACUUCAUAUCAGAUGAAGAAACCAUUGAAGUUCCCCUGGAAGUCUCCUUGGAUGAUGAUGAUGAUGGCCUCUUCACUGGAGGCUUGCUUGACAAGCCUCAGCUGACAUCAGUACUUGCUCCUACCACAGCACCUGCUCCAGCUACAGCAGGGUUCUUACCAGCCAUGGGAGCUCCUCUGACGCCUCCUGCUACAUCUGCACCUCCUGCUGCUGCCAUUGCUCCUGCCCCUGGAGAUGUUCCUGUGUCGACCUCCACUGAAUUCCACCCUGAUGCAAUGACACCACCCACGCCAGUGCCACUAGCAUCACCAACAUCCGCUUUCCAAUCGACUUCUCCACAAUCCACCUCCAACCCAACGGCAUCACGAGAUAGCAGUAACGAGUUCAUUGAAAUAAUACUUAGUGAGCCUCAGAAGAUUGGAGAAGGCAUCAACUCUUACAUGGCUUACAAGCUCACCAUCACCACCAACAUACCCUUCUUCAAUUUUUCUGAGAAGACCUUCAAGAUGGAGGAGAACGACCAGGACGGACAGUGGUUCGAGGAGCGGGUGCACCAAGUGGAGUCCCUGGAGGCAGAGCUGCGUCGGCUCCAUGGUGCGCUGGAGAGUCUGGCUGGAGGGCGCCGUGAGCUCGCCAUGAGCAGCAUGAGUCUGAGCAAAGCUGCUGCUGUGCUGAGCAGCGUAGAGGAGCACAGCGCUCUGAACCGAGCUCUGCACCAACUGUCUGAGGCAACUGACAGAACUCAUACUGUCUACCACGCUCAGGCUGAUGCAGAUUUUUAUGUGCUGUGCGAGACUACGCGCGACUACGUUAAUCUCAUCGGCGCCGUGAAGGAAGUGUUCCACGAGCGGGUGAAGGUGUUCCAGGCAUGGCAGUACAGUCAGACGAUGCUGGCCAAGAAGAGAGAUGCCAAAGCAAAGCUCGAGCUCACGGCGAGGCAGGAUAAGGUGGCGCAAGCUCAACUCGAAGUCGAGGAGUGGGAAGCCAAGGUUGAACGAAACCAAGAGCACUUCAAACGAAUUUCUGAAGCCAUCAAGGUAGAGCUGAAACAUUUCGACAUUGCUAGAGUUCAGGACUUCAAGAACAUGUUCAUCCGCUACCUGGAGUCCAUGGUCACAUCUCAGCAACAGGUGAUCAGAGUGUGGGAAUCAUUCUUGCCUGAAGCGAAAGCCAUUUCGUGAAGCGGCUUAUGAAGCACCUUCAUCCUCCAGCUCCACUAUCACCAGCAGAGACCUUGUGUAACCAUGAUGCUUGCUUCCACUUAUUCCGUCUCCGUGGGUGCAAUUUAUUGAAAAUUAUUAAUUGAAUAUAGAGCAUAUACUAAGCGUGUUAUCUUGUAUAAUGAUCGCCAGUCAAUAUCAACUUCAAUGAAAUAGCCUCAUGAUCAAUUAUCAUCUAUUGUUGGAUAUAACUGCAAGCGUGUUGGUUUUCUAAGACAUCUAGAAUUGUACAUUUAUAUGUUGGCUUUGGUUUGGGUGUCCAUUGCUAUAUACUGGGAACAAUUUUUCUUAGGAUCUGAUUUGUCAUUUAUAUAUGUUAAUAGUUUUACACAAAUAUUUAGAACAGUUUCUUCUAAUUAACCAAAUCAUUUGAUUAUAAGAAACUUAAUUGGAAUUCCUUAUAUGUCUUGUGUGAAAAACUAUAUAUGAGUGAGUGUAUACCGCCCAUUUGAAUGCGUGAUGGCAUUAUGUUAGACGGCUCUGACGUUUGAAUAAAUGUAAUUAUCGUGUAAUAAGAAGCUAUGAAAAUUGUGUAGGAUUUCCUUGAUAUUGUGCAGGGCAAAGCCUUGUCAUUGCAAUUCCUACGAUAGUAUUAGUAAUAUUGUUUUUUCGCAUAUUUUCAGUUGCCUGAGUUUGAUCUUUUGAUGUUGAUGUUUAUGGAAUAAAACCUUAUUUACAUAAGGAGAUUGAAACCCUUACCCGCGGUGCGUUUCCAGUUCUAAAUUGAGGUUGA